AUGACCGCUGUGCAUGGCGAUGGCGAUGAUACUGCUUUGCGGAGGUCUGCACCACCACCAUCAGUCUGUGUCAUCGGUGCAGGUGCAGCUGGUUUGGCAGCUAGUCGGUGUCUCCGGGACGAGGGGUGUCGAGUGACGGUUCUCGAAAAGUCACACGAUGUCGGAGGGGUGUGGAGGUACAAGCCGGAGCCGGAAGCUCGGGCUCCAAUGUGUAAACGGGUGUUGUAG